UAUAUUUGUUCCUAAAGACAACAAUCAAAUAAUGAUUCAUUACAAAAUGUGAAUUUAAAUUUAGAGGUUAUUUUUUUACAUGUCUUUUAAAAAAUUGUUAUUUUUUCUAUUAAUUGUUUAUUUAGGUCAGUAAAACUUGAUAAAUAUUUUUUAAACGUCUAUUUAAUUUAAUGGAUAUGAAACGUGGAUAUUCAUUUCCAAUAACAGCAAUGGAUAUAUCAGAAGAAGUACCCAGGAAAGUUGCCUUGGUGGAAAAAACUGAUUGUCCUUUGGGUAUAAAUUUAGUUAAUCCAAAAUAUACGAAUAAAAAAGCUCCAAAUGAUUUAAUAGAAUUAGCAACAGAAAUUCAAAAGUCUAAUGAUUUCGUUAAUGCGAAUGCUUGCAAUAAAUUACAAAUGAUAGCGGAGCAAAUGAGAUUUUUAUAUAAGCAAGCUGAAAAAGUGUUAUCAGAGACUAAACAAAAUAUGAACUUGCAUUAUGCCGCUUGUAAUUUUGUUAAACAACCUGGUAACAUAUAUCAUUUAUAUCAGAGAGAAUCUGGCCAAUGUUAUUUAUCUAUACUGAGUCCAGAGGAUUGGGGUAAUUCUGGACCUCAACAAUCCUAUAAAGGCUCCUUCAGACUAGAACAAGAUCAUUCUUGGACUCCAUUAGCGCAAAUACAUUCUAAAGAUAAUGAAAUUAGUGUUAUUAAUCAAAUUUUACAAAGUAAUGAAAGUUCUCGACUUGCUUCAUUGCAAAAUUAUAUGAGCAUAGAUUGUUGAUUCUUUAGACUCGAUCGAGUUUUCGUUUUUUUUUUUUUUUUUUUUUAAAUUCAUUACUAUUUUCUUACAGUAUUGUAGUAAACAAAAUUUACUAAUUUAAAUAAGUAAUCCAUUUAUUGAUUUAAUAAAUUUAUUACUUUAAAUUAGUAAAUGUUUGUAAUUAUUUCUUAUCGGCGGAAUUGAAUUUUUUAAAUCUGAACACUGAUUAAUAUUUUCAGUCUACUGUUAACAUUUUCGCCUACUCGUAAUUUUUUUUUUUUUUCAUAUAUUUCUACCCGUCUUGUGACAAUAUACUGAGGUGAAAUUUUAAAUUGUGUUUUAUUAUUUUUUGAAAGGCUCAAGUCUCUUUUUUAAAAAAGGGGCUUUUACUAACUAAUUUUGAAUUAAGGCAAUUUGCAAUAUUUACUACUUACGGUUAGUUGGAAGACUUUCGAUCUCCCAACAUUUAUUUUACAUUAUUGCCACACUUCUAUGCAAAGUGAAACUAAUAAAAUGACAUUAUUGCAUUACAUUUAUCUAUCAACUUUAGUAAAAUUAUCUCUUCAUGACAAGCAAUUUUCAUAUAAGUUGAAAAAAAAAUCGUCACAAUUUACUGAUUAUUGUUCAAAGGAGAAACGGAUAGUCAAGAAAAGUAAAAAAAAUAAGAAAAAUCAGUAAUAUACCGAUUUUUUAAUAACACAUAAAAUGAAUAGUUUUUUUUUUGGAGGGGAAGGGAACGUCAACGUACGAGACUUGAUCCGACGAUUUUAUCAAUUGAAACAAAAGCCUCGUUUUUUAAAUUUGCGUAGAGUUUGCUUGCGUCAUGUAGUAUUUACUCGAUGUGCUGAAAAAAUAGAUGUAUUAGUGUUUCAAUUAUAAAUGGUAAACAUUUA